AGUCUAAUCUCCAGCUUCUUUCCGAAAUCUUGUCAGCGAAGCAUUCGGAGCUCAAGUCGAAGCCGACGAGUAACAAUCUGUGAUAGCGACCAAUUUCUAAAUCUUCGUAUCACCUUUAAACUCUCAGAACUCCAAUCAUUAGCAAAAUCAAACACCCAUCUCCCCCAAUUUCACCUUUUAUCAGCGUUACUUGCAGAAUGACGAUUCAGUCUUCUUCUGGAUUCUGUUUGGAUUGAACUUGUGUUUUCUGUUCCCUCUCUGUGAAAUUGUGUGGAAGAAGACGAGUGCGCAAAUACCCAACAGUUUUUGAAAGCCAAUUGAGAGUCUUUGGCUUUCCGUUUUGCUUUUUUGUAUCGCUACUCCAUCGCUCUUCAGCUUUCCCGUUCGAGGGUGUAGAAAGAUGAUGCUGUAUUUUGGAGAGCUGUCAAAGCUCAAAACCAAGAAGCUUCUUUUUGAGGAUGUGUAUGCUGCACGCGAUCCUGCAACACUUGAACAUCUCAAAGAGUUAAGCUCCAGGCGCAGAAUGAUUGAGGAGUCAAUUAAUGGAAGCAGCUCCAUUACUGAAGCAAUUGCCAGAGAGAUGUCAGGUGGACUGACUACUUGGUGUCAAAGGGACCUUCAGAAACUGGAACAGUAUCUCCCUUUACUGGAAAACUUGAUUUUUCAUGUUCAUGUGGUCCAGAGGAACCAGCAAACUGCUCAAUGGACUCCAAAACUCAAUAUAUGUUGGAGUACUGCUCUUAGCACAUCAUCUUUCUUUAACCUAAUGGGUCCAAAGUUCUUUCAAAUUUGUGACUUGCAGUUUGAGCGCACUAUGACCCUUUACCUUUAUGCUGCAAUGCUGCGGGAAAGGGCUGCGGAAAUUCUACCUGCAGAUUUAGUGCAAUCUGCCACGUUCUUCAGAGAAGCAGCAGGGAUUUUCCAUUAUCUUGCAAAUGAGAUUCUCCCCACUUUACAGUAUGCAGGGUGUGCAGAAAGGCCACCGGAAGCCACCCCGUUUAUGUGCGCUGUUAUGAGUCUGAUUUGCUUAGCUGAGGCCCAGGCUGUAACUAUAAGGAAAGCUGAAGAAAAAGGAACGUCUGUUGGUCUUUUGGCAAAGCUGCACUAUGGUGUUGCAGAGUUUCUUGGUGAAGCCAUUUCUGUUCUAUAUUCAGUUGCUGGAGAGUGCAAAGAUAUUUCACCACGCUUCAUGGAAUUUAUAACAUCUUGCAAAGCUGUACACGAGCUAAGAAGUCAGAAAUACCUUGCAGAAGAUCUAAGAACUUCUAGUCAAAUUGGGGCAGCCAUUGGAGUCCUUCGUGAUGCCUUGAUCCAUGUGAGAAAGAAAGUACCAGGAGAGGAAUCAUGGAAAUCUGUCUUUGGAAAUGAAAUUGAUGCUACUGAUGAUCUGCUCAAGAAAUUGGAACACGAAAAUGACUUUGUCUGGCAUGAGAAGAUUCCUUAUGCAGAUGAGCUACCAUUGCCCCAAGGUAGCAAGAUUGUGAAUAUCAUAUCUUAUCAACCCAAAAGAUGGGAGGGAGAACUUUCUUUCAAGAUUUAGGAUGUACAGAGAACUACAGUACAUUACCUGGUUCCUCGGGAGGAAAGGUCAUCAAGCAUCUUAAACUUCUUCUCCUAUCCAAGAGAGACUUAUUGUUAAAAUUACCAAUCUGAAAUUUGUUUCCUUUUCUUUUGAAAACUUCCCAGUUGAGAUUUUGUUGAAGGGGUGAGGCUUUGCAGAGAAUUUGAAUCAUAAGUUUAAAGAAUUGGCUUUUUUUUUUUUUUCUUCUGCCUUUUAUUUGUAUAAAUAUACAGUGCAUUUUGCUUCUGUAAAUUAUCAGUUUUUUUAAUUCAGUAUGGACUACAUGGAUACUGAUAUCAUCAAAACACCUUAAAAUAAGAUUUAUUGAGGUGU